GAUGAUGUCAAAAACAACAAUGCACUUAUUUGGGGAAUAGAUCCUGGACAAACUGAUAUUUUUACUGCUGUUGACUCUGGUACUUCGGACAAGAAAGAAAGAAUUCGAAAGUCAUCAACCAAAGAAUACUAUCAUAUGUUUGGAUACAACCUUGCAACUCAAAAGUGCAUGAACCAACAACAGAAACACCAAGCAUAUUUCAAUAUUAUCAGUAAAUUACCCUCAUUUAAAACUUUUGAUUUAACUGAUUUUUCAAAAGCGGCAUCUGAUAGAUUCAAAAAUUAUCAAAUGCUAUUUGAUUAUUACAACAAAGACAGCUAG